CGUGGCAACCACCGUAAUUUGAUCGAAAAUGGGGGCCAAGAAGGAAAAUGGUUGUGUUCUUGCUUUAAAAUGUUGCUUUGAAAGUAAAGUAUCGUCAACACAACAACAGUGAUUGUGAUUCACUUUUAGAUUUUUCUUCGUCCCCUGUUUUCCCCCAACCCAAAGUACACGCACACGCACAAAGGAAAGGGAAAACCACAACACUCCUAAUCGUUUUUCGAAACUUACUUUUUUUUUUUAUUAAUUUUAUUUUUUUAUUAAUUUCUGCGAGCGAUCACACUACAUUCGGAUCAGUUCAGACGACAAAAGAACGGAAUUUCUGUUCUACUUUCACUCCAAAAAUUACUCUUUUUUUUUUUUUUUACUCGGGAGAGGGCCUCGGUUUCUGUAGUGGUAGUUUGGGUCUUAAUUUUCUUGGAAUAAUAAUACCGGCCGGUUCGCUCUUUAAGGGGAAUUCUCAAAUACCCUUUCUUGGUUCACUAGGUUUUGGGUGGUUGAUGGUUUGGUUGGGCGAUUAUGGAGUACAGGAGGAGAGUGCAGAGGGGUGAGGAUCAGUGGGGUGAGGUUUCCAGGAGAAAAUCACAGAGCAAAAGGCCGCCUCGUGGACCUCAAGGUAGCUGGCAACGAACUGUACCUUCAUGGGAGAAAUCAUUCUGCAAAGUUGUUGGUUUAUUAGAUUGGGAAAGUGUAUUGGAGAUGAAGAAGUUUGCCUUCCUCUUUGACAAUGUGGUAAAGUGGGAUUCAUCUGCUGGUGAAGAGGCAUUUCAAAAUGCGAAGAAUCGAUUCUGGUCACAACUACAUGGCAUUCCAUGUGACAUAUCGUUGCCCGAUCCUGAUCUUUAUAUAGAUGAAAUAGACUGGGAUUGCAAAGUUGAUCCUGAAAUGCUGUUGGACCUUGAUAGCAAACCUGUGGACACUGGUCCAGAUGAAAAACACGAAGGGGUGAUCAUUUUUGGCGAUGCACUCAUCCCGAAUGAUGCAUUCUCGGCCUCUGGUUGGGGUGAAGAAGAGAACUUUAGAAAAGCUACUAAUUCCUCUUUGAAUAAUCAUGAAGAUCAGUGGGAGCACGGGUGGAAGAAUAACGAGACUACAAAACAAAGUGGAUGGAAUGGAGAAUGGGGCUUGGAAGAAGACACUGGGUGGGGAGGUGAACAGCGAGAAGAUUCUCAAAACCUGGAAAAAGGCAGUGUUAUCACAGGAGACACCGGAUGGGGAUCGGGUUGGGUCAGUGAUUAUCAGUUUGAAAAUUCAGAAGGUAGAAAUUGGGCUUCUGGAAAGGGCAAUGGAUGUGCAGGUGAUUGGGAUGACUCGAGGGAAUGGGGCUAUGAACAACAGAAAGAAAAUUGUACUGAUUUGAAAGCGGGAAAUGCUCAUUACAACAGCUUUUCAGGAACGCAUAAGAGAGGUAAUGGAGGUAGAUAUAUACCCCCCAAGUAUAAAAACUCUUGGAAUGAGCAUCAUAGGAAUGGAAAAGGCAAGAGAUGUCCUUCAAGGGAGUGGACGGAGGCCAACAAUUUUGGACAUGCUUGGGUAAAAACUGGACAAGCAUGGAGCUGGAAGAAAGCAGUUAUGUGAAUACGGAGUAAAUAUAUUCUUAUUUCUUUAUAUCUUCUUCAUACAAAUUUUUUGGAGCAUCAUGAAGUAUGCAUGCAUGCUAGCUAUUGGCUAUUGCCCAUAUUAGCAAUUUUGGUUUUGUUGAGAUUUUGAUCCUAGUUAUAUCAGACCGACAUCUUAUUAUCUUCAUCAUCCAUUUAUGAAAAUAUGAACAUGGUUUUGCCAAAAUGGCUAUAGAUUGCUUGGUCUGUCCUCAUCAAUGCAAUGCAAUGCAAGUUUAUGCAA